AUGCAGGCCGUGAACUCCGGGGAGGACAAGCGCGCGCGGCCGCGGAAGCCGUCGAUCGGGGGCAAGUGGAGCGACGAGGAGGACAAGCGGCUGCUGCAGAUCGUCGAGGAGAACGGCGCGAAGAAGUGGAAGCGCGUGGCCGAGCUGCUGGGGAGCGUGCGCACGGACAUCCAGUGCCUGCACCGCUGGACCAAGGUCAUCAAGCCGGGCCUCAACAAGGGCCCGUGGUCGGCCGAGGAGGACGAGGUCGUCAAGUCGAACGUGAUGAAGAUGCAGAGCGAGUCCAACGAGGGCGUCGUCAAGUGGGCGGAGAUCGCCAAGAUCCUCAAGGGGCGCCUGGGCAAGCAGUGCCGCGAGCGGUGGUUCAACCACCUCGACCCGACGAUAAAAAAGGGCGAGUGGGAGCCGCACGAGAACCGGACGCUCUUCGACCUCCAGCAGCAGUACGGCAACCGCUGGUGCGAGAUCGCCAAGGCGCUGCCGGGGCGGUCCGAGAACGCCAUCAAGAACCGCUGGAACUCGUCCGCGAUGAAGCGC